AUGGCAGUCAAAGAGAGAAAGGUUACCAAAAAUCCGAGACUUUUGAAGUACCAAAAAGUCAAUCAAGCACGCCGUGAUGCAAAGAAGGCGAAGAAGGCUGCCGCCACAAAACCCGUGAAAAAGGUUGCAAAAGAAUUAGCGCCAUUGACCAAGGAGAUGACCUUGUAUAUGCACCGAUUUAUGCACAAAGAGGGUUUCAAGCACAGAGCACCAAAGGCCAUUAAAGUCAUCAGAUUCAUUGCCAUGAAAACUAUGAAGACACACCGAGUCAAAUUCGAUAUGGGUCUUAAUCAGUACGUCUGGUCUAUGGGUAUCAGAAACGUCGCUCACAGAAUUAGAGUCAGAAUGGCUAGAAUGCCACUCGAGGGUGAAGAAGGAAAAUUCUAUACUUUGGUCUCAUACGUCCCAGUCGCCUCUUUCAAGGGCUUGUUGACUAAAACAGUAGAAGCGGAAAAUUAA